AAAGGUUCAAAAAAAUAGUCAGUCUAUCAGAGACUACAGAACAAAUCAAUAUCUCCCAAUAUCCAUUUCCGUUUACCUCACCGACGUCAAAUGGCGGCCGCCAGAGUGAUGGCAGCAGCUGCUGCGACCAAUGCGACAACAUCUUGCUUUCUUCUCAGAAGAACAUUCGCUUUGAACCAAAGGCCUCACUUCAGAGGAUUCUGCUUUAGUGGGACAAGGCAACUGUCCUUGUCCUCUUCCAAGAGAUCGCUUUUCACUUGUACCGCUUUACAUAAGCCUGAAUUCCAGAUCAAGGAGGAAGGUCAGCCUGAGACGCUCGAUUAUCGUGUCUUCUUCCGUGAUAACUCCGGGAAAAAGGUUUCUCCUUGGCAUGAUAUACCUUUGCACUUGGGUGACGGUGUGUUCAACUUUGUUGUUGAAAUCCCCAAAGAAACAAGUGCAAAGAUGGAGGUUGCCACUGAUGAGCAAUUCACUCCCAUCAAGCAGGACACGAAAAAGGGAAAACUUAGAUACUACCCCUACAACAUUAACUGGAACUAUGGAUUGCUUCCACAAACAUGGGAAGACCCCUCUUUUGCAAACCAUGAAGUGGAAGGGGCAUUUGGCGAUAAUGAUCCAGUUGAUGUUGUUGAGAUUGGUGAAAGACGGGGAAAUAUUGGUGAAAUUCUGAAGGUCAAGCCCUUGGCUGCUUUAGCCAUGAUUGAUGAGGGUGAACUUGACUGGAAAAUUGUUGCCAUCUCAUUGGAUGAUCCACGAGCUUCUCUUGUGAAUGAUGUUGAUGAUGUAGAGAAACAUUUCCCAGGCACUCUCACUGCAAUCAGGGACUGGUUCAGAGACUACAAGAUCCCUGAUGGUAAGCCUGCCAACAAGUUUGGUCUCGGCAAUAAGGCAGCAAACAAGGAUUAUGCUUUGAAGGUCAUCACCGAAACAAACGAAUCUUGGGCUAAACUAGUAAAGAGAUCAAUUCCUGCUGGAGAUCUCUCACUUCUAUAAUUGCUUGAACCUUCAAGUAGAGUUGAAGCUGGAAGUAGCAUUGCAUGGGUUUCGACAUACCAGAGUUUUGCCUUCUGGAAAGCCAGCCCCUCUGUAGUCUUGUAUGUUGAUAUCAAAACAUUUUUUUUUCACAUUAUUAUGAAUAGUCCAUUGGUCCUAUGAUUUCUUUGUAUUCCAUACAGUCAAAACUCAAAACACUGUUCACAUUUUGAGGUUAAUUCUAUAUUUCUAUUACUAUUA